AUGUCCUGCAAAAGUAGGCUCCCAGAGUCCAGAGACUCCACUCACCUUUAUUCUUUCCUGCCAACCUGUUCAGCAGGAUUUUCCAAGACAAUACAGCACAAGCCAACGAUAGCUACCACCACCACAGACUUGGUAGUGGAGCAUUCUCCUAGCACCCUGCUGAACAGGGCUGAAUCCACAGAGUCCAAAGGGGCAUCCCUGCUGCCCAUGCCCCAAACAGUCUCCAGGAAGGUGCAGGGCCAGCCUCAGAGUGGUCCUUCCAACAUUGUGGGUAGAGAGGAUUUGCUGACACUCCCUUUGCAUCUGUCUCCAGACUCACCCCUUCAGCCCACCUGGAGUGAUCUGGGAACUCCAACUGCUCUGCUCCUGAGCUUUAUAAUUCCCAGGUGCACAAUAUACUUCUGGGAUAUCAGACCAACAAGGCCUCCACCAGCAACACCUGAGAAAAAAAAAGAAGAAGUUAUUGAGGUUCCUAAGGAUGUGCCUCUUACUUUUUUACACUUAGAUCUCUCUUGGAGACCUCUUCUUAAGAUAUCCUUUAAUAAAACUGGCACGACUUUAGACUACUGCCCAAUCAAAGUCAGCUUGAGAGAUGACUAUCUCCACUAUGCUCCUAAAGAUCCGCAGACACUCCAGCUGAAAGCCCAGCUUGCAGGACCAGACCCCUUCCAUAACUUAGAAUACGGAUUAAGCCUAACUCUCAGACCAAUAGAGGAUUAUGACACAAAGUUCUUUAUUGGCACAGGGGAUGGGGAAGUGAUAUACUCGGAUUGGAAGCUGGAAAGAGAUCAUGAUUCUGGAAAAUUAAUAAGUCAGAAGCCAGUGUUCCAAUACAGGGUCCACGAUGGAAGCAUUCACACUGUCCAGAGAUCACCUUUUUACAGAGACAUUAUCCUUACUAUUGGGGGCUGGAAUAUAGCCAUAUGGAAAGAAGGUGUUUGUGAAGGACCACUCCUGCAGUCAUGUUGUAACACAAAAAGGUACACUGCUGGGCACUGGUCCUUGACCAGACCGGGAGUCUUCUUUCUUGGCAGAGAAGAUGGAUACAUUGAUAUUUGGGACCUGCUGGAGAAAACUCACGAAGCCUGCCAGACACAAAAUAUAUGCAUAACAACGAUCACAUAUAUCCGGCCCUGGCAGGUCUCCGCAAAGCAGCAAUUUGUAGCCAUAGCUGAUCAUUAUGGAACCCUGCACAUAUUAGAAAUUCCAUGGACCCUGAGUCACCCUUCGCCCAAUGAGGCUGUAAGUGUAAACAAUUACUUUGAAAGAGAAGUCAAUCACCUGAAAUAUGUAGAAAAGCGCUGGGAAAUGAGAACUAAGGAAAAAGAAGAAAUGCUGCUAGAAGCAGAGAGAAAGAAAAUUGAGCCUCCUGGGGCCCGACAGAUUCUAACCUCCAUUACCAAGUCUGUGGUGGUGGUAGCUAUUGUUGGCCUGUGUUUUAUCAUCUUGGAAAAUCCUGCUGAACAGGCUGGCAGGAAAGAAUAA